AUGCAGCAAAUGGAGGAAAGGCAGCAGACUGUGUAUAAGAGCGGGACAAUACUGAAAAAAAUACACUAUAUGGGUGCUCUAGCUAUGUGUGCUGCACUUAUUUUGUACAUGAUGUCAAAUAAUUUUAUUCAUGAAUAUAUUAAAAAAACAUCUGGUAUAAAAGGCUUUACGGAAACCACUGAAGCAAGAAUUUACAUUGGCAAGGAAAACACCAAGAGAACCACACCGUCCAUAAAAAUUAUUAUUCAUACAUAUAUGAGGAGUGGUUCAUCAUUUACUGCUGAAUUAAUUGCUAUGCAUCCUAAUAUUUUCUUCGUAUUUGAACCAUUUCAUUGUCUCGACCGAAUUUAUAAGGAUGGCAAAGUAAGAAUUCCAUAUUUCCCAUAUCUCAACAGACCAGCCAGAAUAAACCCAGAGAAUAUAAGCUUGGUAAAAUAUGAUAUAAUGAAUAACUAUUUACUGUGUGAAGUGUUUAAUAUAGAUCUAUUUACUUUACAAUCACCUUUUCUACAUCUAGGUAAUCAGAGAACUGGGGACUAUUUACAAUGUCUACACGAAAGUUCCAACACCAAGGGCGUUGUUAGUUGUUUACCAAUAUUUCAAAACGCAUGUAGUAGAGCUAAAGGAAUACUCAUUAAGACAAUACGCUCUGAAAUGUCAUUUUACAGAAAAAUGAUGGAAAAACACCAAAGUUUAAAAAUCAUUCAGUUGGUGCGGGAUCCGAGAGCGACUCUUUUCUCUAUGCAUAAAACUGGUGCAAUCAAUACCGAUGAAUGGAACAAUAACUUGUACAACGUCGCUAAAAUCUUUUGUUCUCGAGUUUUAAAUGAUUUAGAAAUAGCACGAGAACUAGAAGCAUUGCAUCCAGAAAGGGUAAAAGUUGUCAUGUAUGAGGAUAUUGCUGGUGACCCAAUAAAAAAGUCAUUUGAAUUACAUAAAUUUGUUGGGAUAGAGCUUUUAGAAGAAGAGAAAAUGAAGAUAAUAAAGAAAACAUCAACUGGAGAAGUAAGCUGUAAGGACAAUAUGUGCACUAGUAAGGCAAAUUCCACACUAGCAGCUUCUGCUUGGCGAAAUCGUAUCCCCUUUAUAAGUGUCCAAAUAAUAGACCAAGCAUGUGGACCACUGUUGUAUGAUAUUUUUGGACUUAAUUUUAUACAAUCAAAUCAGAAAUUGAGAAGCGAACAUUUUUCGAUAAGGAAACCCGGAGGUGCCAAUUUUACGAAAAAACAUUUCAUUGCAGAAAAUAUGAGAGCAAAAUUCAAGGAAACGCGUUUGAUAUAA